AUGCGCUUCUACCCCCUCCUCGCCUUUGUGGCCUCGGCCUCAACUGCCGCCAUCCCAGAUGUCGAAGCCCAAGCAAACGGCGGAAGCAGCAGUCCCAGCUGCAAGGCUGACAAUAGAGAGAUUGCCAUCUCCAAGGCGGCAUUUCUCAAGGCCAAGGUCAUUCCACCCAGGCCAUCGCAGUACAACGACAAAGUGAAUGUCAUUCCAAGCUUCAAUCCAGAUGCUACGAUUGCGAUUGAUUAUAAUGGCAAGCAAGUGGAGUAUGGGACGAAGUUCCAGACGACGGAGACCACUCUGCAACCCAAUGUUGUCUUCACGGCGGAGUCUGAUCUCCGCUACGCUGAUUAUAACUACACCGUCAUCAUUGCCGACCCCGACGCCCUCUCCCCGGCGGGCACAACCCCCGGCCCGCUCCUAAAAAACUACCUCCACUGGAUCUACUACGACGCCAAACCCUGCCUCGAACGCAAACAGCAACCCAGCGCCAAAGACCAGCCCAUGUACGCAGCGCCCACGCCUCCCUCCCCGCAAGCGCACCGCUACACGUUCUUGGUCUAUCGCCAGCCGAAGGGCGUGUACACCCCGCCGAACCCCGCGACGUUCCCGCAGACGCUGGGGGCGAGUCGCGGCAUGUUUGAUGUUAAUGGGUAUGUGAAGGCGGGGAGGUUGGAGGGGCCUGUGGCGGGGAAUUAUUUUUUGGAGGCGGCGCCGGUUGGUGGGGGGUCGUGA